AAUUGUUUUCAAUCGCCUUCCAUCCUUUGUUAAAAUUAAGCACGCAGUAGUCUCAGUGACAAAUUGUCUGGCAACAAGGUGUGGCAAAAUGGCUGAAAAGGGGAACGGAAACGACGGAGAUCCAGCCGAGCAACCAAAGCUUGUAUAUGGCAAUUACUUACAGCUUGAUAAGAUCCUGGGAGCGCAGAAGAGGGAGAGUGAGAAAGGCGACAGUCCUGCCCACGAUGAACAUCUCUUUAUUAUCGUGCAUCAGGCCUACGAGUUGUGGUUCAAGCAAAUCAUCUGGGAGCUGGAUUCUAUCACAGAGAUACUGGAGACUUGUGGUUACGAAGACGUGAUGGAGAAGAAGUUGCGACUGAUUCUGAGUAGAGGAGACAGGGUCAAGGAGAUUUUUAAGGUUGUGGUUCAGCAGGUGAAGAUCGUGGAAACUAUCGAGCCUCAGGAGUUUGUGGACUUCAGAGAUUGGUUGUUUCCAGCUUCAGGUUUCGAGAGUCUGCAGUUCAGACUGUUGGAGAAUAAGUUGGGGAUCAGGAAGGAGGAUCGAGUUGAGGAGUACCGGUUCACUCCUGUCAAUGCCGAUGAUGCUGAGAAGCUGUCCAAGUCGGAGAAACAAAAGUCCCUAUUGCAACUUGCUCAGACAUGGCUUGAGCAUACAUUUGACAAGGAGGGUGGUGAGGCUUUCUGGAAGCGCUACGAAGAGGGGGUGAAACGGCGCCGCAGCAGCAUCACAGAUGAGGCUAAGCGCAAGACCACCAAGGACAUGUUUGACAACAUCCUCGAUGAGGGAAAGCACGAUGAACUUGAGAAGCAAGGGAAGAGGAAGUUGUCCCACCGUGCGCUCAAAGGAGUCCUGAUGAUCAACUACAGGAGGGACGAGCUGAAGUUUCAGCAGCCGUACCAGUUUCUGCGCAUGCUUAUGGACAUUGACGAGCUCCUGUACAGGUGGCGAUGGAACCAUGUCAUGAUGGUGCAAAGGAUGCUGGGAGACAAGCCUGGGACCGGGGGUGGCGGAUACAAGUACCUGCGGUCAACUGUCUGUGACAGUGACAACUACAAGGUGUUCUUGGACCUGUUCAACAUCUCCACCUUCCUCAUCCCGACUGAAGUCAUGUACCCCUCGCAGAGUGACGCCUCUGAGGAGUAGACUUACACCACAACACUUCAGUAGAAAAUGUCCGCUUGAGUUGGAGAAUUUGGCUGGACAGACUAACACUAACACGUCGUUACAUGACCUUGUCGUAAAGUGCUUUAAAACAUAAGACCAACGUAUUUACAAUAAUGUCUGUUACUGAAUUUGCCUCGCAUAUAUAUUAUGGCUCCCGUAACGCGGAAGUUAUAAUACGGCUGGAUACCAGACUAUAGGCUCGUUCUCAUUUAAAUGUCGAAAUGCUGUCGCCUGAAUUUACGACUUGAUAUUGAGAAAAUUAUAGACAGCAUGACAGGUCCCUUUGUUUUUC